AAGCCGAACUUCUGCCAUGAUUCCAACAGAACUGCUCACUAACGACUAACAUCGAUUUUAUCCUAACCAAACCAACCAGAUAUAAUAUUUCUCAUCAACAAAAAUGGAAAAAGAAGGAAAUACACUUGAAGAACAUGAAUUUUAUACAGCAGCUGCCAAAUACUGGGAAGAUGUUCCACCUACAAUAGAUGGAAUGCUUGGUGGUUUUGGAUUUAUUUCUCAAAUUGAUAUAAAAAGUUCUACAAAAUUUUUGAAAGCUUUAUUUGAGUUAAAAAAUCCUCCAUUAAAGACAUUUGCAUUAGAUUGUGGUGCAGGCAUAGGAAGGAUAACUAAAAAGCUACUAUUAAAUCAUUUUAAAUAUGUUGAUCUAGUGGAGCAAAAUUUUAAAUUUUUAGAAGUAGCUAAAACAUUAUUAAAAAAUCAUUCUACAAGAAUUUGCAACUAUUAUCCCAUUGGACUACAAAACUUCUGCUUCACUCCUAAGAAGUAUGAUGUCAUUUGGUGCCAGUGGGUUUUGGGUCAUUUAAAGCAUGAUGAUUUAGUUGAAUUUUUAAAAAAAUGCUCUUGGGCCUUAAAAACUAAUGGUAUCAUAGUAAUUAAGGAAAAUAUAACAAGUUCUGAAAAUUUGGAAAUUGACACAAAGGAUUCAUCAGUGACACGUCCACUCUCUGAAUUUUAUUGCAUAUUUCAGGAAUCUAAUUUAGUUUGCAUAAAAGAAGAACAACAGCAUAAGUUUCCACGCGGAUUAUAUCCAGUUUACAUGUUUGCUUUAAAACCAAAUAACAAACUUUAAAACUCAAUGUCAAAAAUAA